AUGCGCGGAGGAGGACAACAGCCUGUAAUUGUUCUUUUCUCUUGGAACAAAACGAGAAAGUGGAUACCAAGUUCAAACUGGAAACAUCGCUGCGUGCAAAACAAUUGCCGAUGUAUUGUCAUGACAAAUGACGGGAACGCGAUUUUGAGAGAAAUCACGGUUAAGCACCCGGCAGCAAAAAGCAUGAUUGAUAUUGCUAGGACUCAGGAUGAAGAGACUGGAGAUGGUACAACUUCGGUGAUAGUUCUUGCUGGAGAAAUCAUGUCAAAAGCCCACGUCUUUUUGGAGCAACGCAUUCAUCCAACUAUCAUUAUUCAGGCAUACCAGCUUACCGUCGUUGUGAAAUCUUGCCUUGGUACCAAGAUGUUAGCCAAGUGGAUGGAUUUGGCAGUUAAUAUUGCGCUUGAUGCCGUCCAAACAAUUCGAAUUGACAAGGGAGGGGUUCAAGACAUCGACAUUAAAAGAUAUUGUCGAAUCGAGAAAAUCCCGGGAGGGACCAUUGAAGACAGUCGCGUAGUAAAAGGAGUUGUCCUCAAUAAAGACGUCACACAUCCUAAAAUGAAGCGUCGAAUUGAAAAUCCACGAAUUAUUCUUCUUGACUGCAAUCUCGAGUAUAAGAAGGGUGAAUCUCAAACUUCGCUAGAAAUUAUGCGGGAGGAGGAUAUCACUCGAAUCUUGGAACAGGCUGGAAUCACUGCUAUUCGCCGUCUGAAGAAAACCGACAAUAAUCGCCUCGCUCGAGUCUGCGGUGCGCGAAUCGUCAAUGAGACAUGUGAUCUCAGGGAAGAAGAUGUUGGGCUCAAGGCCGAGCUUUUUGAGAUUACCAAGAUUGGGGAUGAGUAUUACACUUAUGUCACUUCUUCUCAAACUACUGCUGUAACGGUUUGCCUGCGUGGUCCUUCAAAGGAUAUCAUUAAUGAGGUCGAACGGAACUUGAACGAUGCUGUGAAUGUUGUUCGCAAUGUUCUUCUGAAUCCUCGCCUUGUACCGGGAGGUGGUGCACUCGAAAUGGCCCUUUCUCAUGCUCUUCAUGAAAAUAGCAGGCAAAUGGAAGGUUCCAGGAAAAGUCCAUACGAUGCAGCUGCCCUUGCGCUUGAAGUUAUUCCUAGGACUUUGAUUCAAAAUUGUGGAGGAAACACAAUUCGUCAAAUUACGGCUUUGCGUGCCAAGCAUGCGCAAGGUCCUGAAAAUUGGACAUGGGGAAUAGAUGGUUCAUCAGGAGAUUUGGUAGACAUGAACAAAUUGGGUGUUUGGGAUCCACUUUCAGUGCGAAUUCAAGUGCUGAAAACAGCUGUUGAAACUUCGGUAAUGUUGCUUCGUAUUGAUGAUAUCGUGUCCGGCACCAAGAAAUCGACUGGUGAAGAGAGAAAAGAAAUCAUGCCGGAA